CGUACAUUCUGCUAGUAUAUGUUUUGGAUGCUUUCUUGCAUUGAAUUUCACCCUUUUGCACUUCACUAUUUUUAUCUCAAAAUUUCAUCAGUUCCGGUUGUCACAUUGCAUUGAGCACCACUUGUAUUCAUUCCGUUACUACACUUGUUCACCUACAUUACAUGCUCCUUCUCUCCACACCCAGAGGGAAAUUAACUUGACUUUGUUCACAUUUGAGUUGAAAUUUGACAUUUUUUUUUCCCACUCCAGAUCGUUAGUGAGGGAAGCUAUGGGCAAAGCUACAAGGUGGUUGAAGGGUUUGUUGGGAAAGAAGAAAGAGAAGGACUACCGUGGCUUUUCGGGCUCAUUGGAUCUUGACAAGAGGGAAAAAAAACGAUCGGAGAAGGAUGAAGUGAGUCACAUUACUCCAACCAAUGUUACCACCUUUGAUCGAACUAGGUUCAGAUCCUAUGCUGCCCCAAAAGAGAAGAACAAGCACUCCAUUGAUGUGGCUGUUGUGAGAUCAAAAAGCUGUGACAGAGGCACCUUACUUAUUGGAAGCAGGGAGGGCUGGGCUGCUGUGUUGAUUCAAUCCUUUUUCAGAGGUUAUUUGGCGCGAAAGGCUCUUAGAGCACUCAAAGGAUUGGUUAAGAUACAAGCUCUUGUUAGAGGGUAUCUGGUUCGAAAAAGGGUUGCUGCAACUCUUCACAGUGUUCAAGCUAUGUUAAGAGCUCAAGCUGUUGCUCGAUCUGUGCGAGCUCGUCGUUCCAUGGACAAGGAGAAUAGAUUUCAUCCACAAACUCCUUCCAGAAAAUAUAUGCAACGGUUUGAUGAAGCAAGAAAUUAUCAAUUACACAAUAGAAGAGUACCUAUAUACUGUAAGGCACCCUUUAAUGGAUUUGAUGAGAGUCAAAAAGUUGUUGAGGUUGACACUCACAUGCCACAUUCAAGUAGUAGGAGCAUUAACACUGCAAUGUCAGAAUGUGGAGAAGACUUGCACUAUCAAGCAAUGUCAUCCUCUCUUGGUUGUCCAAUUCAAGGUCGAAUCUCACUUCAUGAGAGGCAACACCCUCAAGAGUUUGAAUGGCUUUUCAAUGUUGAUGAAGGUAAUAACAAGUUCUCCACAGCACACAACACGCCUCGUUUACCAAAAUGCAUGCCACCAGGUACUCCAGUGAAGAGUAUUUGUGGAAAAACCUUCUUUAGGCCUUGCUCCAAUUUCCCUAACUACAUGGCCAACACUCACUCUUCUAAGGCCAAACUAAGGUCUCACAGUGCUCCAAAGCAAAGGCCUGAACUCAAGAAAAGGCUUUCAAUCAAUGAAAUGAUAGCAGCAAGAAAUAGUUUUAGUGGUGUUAGAAUGCAGUGGUCGUCAUCCAACCCGAAAACUCAAGAAGAUUGCUGCUUUUUUGAAAGGGUUAUUUAGACAUGCAGUGUCAGUUGGAGAAUCUAAGAUGGAAAUGAUAAUAUUGGACAAUGAAGUGAAGUGGCUACUUUAAAAUUUCUUUUUCUGAUGUUCUUAAUAUAAUAGAGUGAGUUUUCUUUCGCACAUUUGCAACAAACGAUUACUCCUGUUAAAGAUCAUAGAACCUGAUUUAGUUU